GAAGAAGGCUGUCAGCUGUCUGGGUGUGAGUGAACACCCUCUAGUGGAGGUGCUGACAAGCUGUACUGCAGAGCGUCUGUCUGUUUCUAACCAUCAUCAUUUCAAGUGGUCUAUGGUCCAGUGUUGAGCAGAGACCAUGUGGUGUUUGGAGCUGCUUUUACCACUACUGUUGAUCAUCAAUGAUGCCAGUUGCCAGUGGAACGUUUGGGUACCUCGGGAUAUUUCGGCCAUGACAAACUCCUGUGUGGUCAUCCCGUGCACCUUCAUGUAUCCAUCUGCUGUCAGGCCAUACAGAGGCAUUCACGGUAUCUGGUACUUCGGUCAGCCGUACCCUCAACUCUUCCCUCCUGUUGUUUUCAAAACACGCACAGACAUUGUGCACGAGAGCUACAAGGGCCGCACCAAGCUGCUGGGUGACUUGCACCAGAGGAACUGCACUCUGCUCAUCAACAACAUCGGCACAGAGCACUCAGGGAGAUACUACUUUCGUGCUGACCUUGGUGGAGCCAACAUGUAUACCUUCCCAGAUUACGCUGAGCUCAAAGUUUUGGAUCAACCCAACAUUGAUGUCCCUGAGGAGAUUGUCAGCGAUGAGGAUUUGGAGCUGACAUGCUACGCUCCAGACAACUGCCCCGACAUGACUCCAGAGAUCCAGUGGAUGUACACCGACUACCUGCCCGACCCCGAAUUCAGCUCUGACUACCUGGAGGAGAGCAACACAGCUGUACUCUCCAGCACCCUCACCUUCACACCCAGACCCAUGCACAACGGGCAGCUCUUGGGCUGCAGGGUGUACUACCCCAACACCACACUGGUCUAUGAGAGGGUAAUCUCUCUAGAUGUCAAGUACGCUCCACGCUCUGUGUGGGUGAACGUGUCCUCAGAGGUGAUGGAGGGCAGCUCUGUGGUUCUGCACUGCGAGGUGGACAGUAACCCUCCUCCCAGAAUCUCCUGGAUGUUCGGAGACCAGGAGCUUCUAUGGGACACGGCGUCCAAUGUCACCCUCUCCCUGGACGAUGUGACGCCUGUACAGGAGGGAGUCUACACCUGCAUUGGGGACAAUGGCUAUGGCCUCAUGAACACUUCAUUGUACCUGGCUGUCAAGUACCCUCCCCGUGAGCCCGUGGUAAACGACUCUGUGACGGUACAGGAGGGAACCUCGCUGGCCCUGCACUGUAGUACCCAGGGCAGCCCAGCCCCAACCCUCACCUGGCUGAAGGACGGGGAGCUGGUGGGCACCAUCACUGCCGACGAGCUGUCAGUGCUGGAGAUCUUAGAGAUCACUCCACAGGGAGACGGACAGUACCGCUGCCUGGCCGAGAAUGAGCACGGAAGAGCCAGCAGCUCCCUCAACAUCACUGUUGAGUAUGCCCCAGUCCUUCUGGAGGAGUCAAAGUGCACGGUGGUGAGGGAGGGUGUCCAGUGUGUCUGCAUGGCCACAGGAAACCCUGAACCCACCAUCGAGUUCUACCUGCCCGACCUGAACGUCACCAUCAACGAAACAGACGGCCGGUUCAACUUCUACACGCACACAGACGGACACACCUCCACGGGUAUGAUCAAGCUGCGGGAGAAAGGCGAACGGGUCGACAAUGGCCCUGCUGUCAACGUCCACUGCAGCAUCUACAAUAUGUACGGAAGAGAAAGUGUACACCUGGAGCUACAGCAGGAGAAAAAGUACAUGAUGGCAGUUAUAGUUGGCACCAUUGGAGGAGUGGCGGUCAUAGCUUUCAUUAUUGCAGCAGUGAGAUACGUUGGCCACAAUAACAAGAAAGAGAAUGGCAACCCUAGGCAGGACGUGGUCCUGGAGAACCCAGCUUUGUACUACAGCGCAGUCAAGAAGGACAAACAAAAUCUGAGGAAGAAAGUGGGAGAAGACGGGGAUUAUCAACCUGUGGGCUCUAUGGCAGGACUGGAGAGGCAAGAGUUGAAUUACGCUGCUCUGGAGUUUAUCGGGACCAGAUCCAGGGAGGGGGCCUCAGGGAGGGGGGAUGAUGGCAGCAACUACACGGAAAUCAAAGCCAAAUGAAUCGCAAUCCUUCCCUGAUCCCUCGGCUAUGCGAGACGCAGUGGCAGCCCCAACACAUUUUCUGCCCCAUAAACUGUCUAAUUACUCUACUGGAUUUCACCCUGCAUAUGAUGACUCCUUGUCUCUCACUUCAGAUUUGUCAUAUAUAAUGUACCACUCGAUGCCAGUACAACCCCGUCAUCCUGCCCUUCCUCCAUGGGACCCCCUUUCACGCACCAUCAUUUUGGAAAACUGGUACUUUUUUGGGUCGGAACAUGACCCACUGGACAAUGUAAAAUAAAUUAUUUAAAUUUCUGGCCUCAGUUGUAGUACAUGGGCUCUGAAACAUGCAGUGUUAACCACCAACGAUCUUUUUGUUUCUUUCUCUAUGUUCUUCCAUGUGAUUCUUGAUGUUAUUGUCAAACGACAUACAUCUGAGUGCUUGCAUAUGUCUCACUAUUUGCUCUACAUUUGCCUCUUUUAACUGUCACUGUGUCUGCUGCCAGCCGAAGCAUCAGGGUAAGGAGUAACUGCGCUUUUUGUUCUCCUAUAUUUAUGUGUCUAUCAGCUGAGAGAAAAACCUCUCCUCUCUUUCCUUUGGUUAAUUACAUCCCAAAAAGAUAACCGACUGAGGCGAGAGACGGAAACUUAUCUCAGUGUCUUGUUUCCAUAUAAUUGUAUUUAAUGUGUGCUGUGACUCGGUAGCCUCUCAUAAAAAGUCACCAUCCCUCAUGAAAUAAUUGAAGAGGUUUUGUAAAUUUGUCCAGUUCUGAAAAAUGUCACAGCUUCUUUCCAGCAUUUUCCAGUUAACUGUAGAAUGUGUUUUUUGGGGGGAAUUUCCUGCACUGUGGCCAAUGCAAAAUGUCUGUCUCAUCUUCUACUUCUUGUUCCUAAAACAUGGGUUCUAGCUCUCUGAUUGAUCUGGAAAAAGCAGACCUUAAGCACAACAGUGUUAUCUCUCUAGACAAUGUGUGUGUGAGUGUAUGUGUGUAUGUUCAAAUCGUGCUGAAAGAUCAUAGGACACUGAUCACUGAUCAGUGGGGGGUCUUUGGGAAGUCUGACCAUCACUUCACUUGAGAAGUUGAUGCUUUAUUCUCACAGGGUUGCAUCAGAUGUUUGAAUGACAGAAAGUGAUGCUGAAUAGCCAGUUGGUUGUGCUAUUCAAAGACAGUUGAUGAACCUGUGAUGUAAUAUUAAAGCGCACUAAUAGUCUAACUUGAUAAUGAUUGUGUCAAUAAUAUAUAUUAAUAAGAUGUAUAUUGAUAGGGGAAGGGAUGUCAGUAUGUAUAGUAAAUACCCUGCAUGACUGUUUUAUCAGCAGGCACACAUUUAAGUAUUAAAUUAUGGAUAAAAGCCAGUUUGAGAAGUUAAACAGUCUUGUCACACAUCAUCCAAACACUUUUGACUGAACACUGUCUUAAUUUGAGUUAAGUAAAUAGUACCGUCCUCUAACUAGUGUGCACUAUAGCCAAAGUCAAAUCAGAGGUUAUGUUUACAUGCAGGGAGUAACCUUAUUAUUGACUCUGAUUGUAGUUGAUUUAAAGUAUAAUACAUCCUGUGUUAAUCUGUCUUUUAUAUUAACCAUUAAUAGGGAACUCCAGCAAUAUAGUAUUGCAUGCCCAUUAAACUGGGUGACUUACAAGAGACAUAAUUUAAAAAUGAGUGGUCAAAUUCAAAGCAGCACACGCAGAGAUGUCCUGACUUUCAGUAGUAUGGGUCAAGUUCCAAACCCACUGUAUCCUACAAUACCCACAAUGCAAGCAAUAUCAUAUUUUUGUUAGACCCUCCAGGCCUGGUAAAAGUCCAUGUCAACUUCAUGCUCCGGAUUUAAUUUGUUGCCAAUAAUAAUGAAAUUGCAGUCUCCACACUCAGGCAGAGAUAACCCUGAUGAUAUCAUCAAGGGUUAUUUUCUCAGACUUUGCAAAACUUCUUCAGAGCCACGCUUUAGGAGAACAUUAACUGUUUUAACAGGCUGAGGUGUACUGCCCAUCACAAAUACCUGACCUUUAUGUCAGUAAGUCAGAGUUCCCCUUUAAUGUUUACAAAGACUCAACGCACCAAUGAAGUCACUACUAUGCUUUUUCCACUUCACUAUUUUCACUUUGCAUCAUAUCUUGCAGGUCAUUCGCCUCGGUUUCUCUCAAAAGUGCUUAAAAAUAACUCAUAGACACACUGCAGCCGUAACUGACUGACAUGGUCUGUCAUUUUAAAUAAGACAACCGGUUGUGUGAUUGGUAUUUUAAAUCUGUCUAUUUUCACUUUCAUUCAAUUACAUAGGCUAUGUAGUGAAAAUGCAAAUUGAUAUUUACUAUGUAUUGUAUGUGCGACUGUUUUAACAAUGUCAUGUCAUGAUAAACAAUUUUGUUGUCUAAAUGAAUCCUGCAAAACAAUUACCUACUCCAUUUUCUCUGCAAGAAUUGAUUUCUAAAAUACUGUGUGUUGAACAUCAAAUAUGCAACUUAACAUUGUGCUGAUGUACAGAUGUUGAUUCAAGGCUCAAGUAGAAAGUAAAAUUCUAGCUAGAGAUACGCUGUAGCGGUAUUUUGGCAGUCUCAUUUAAAAUGAUGGAUAAAGUUCAUCAAGGCAGUGGUGUGUCCCCUGUGAGCUGUUUCUAAUUGGUUUUACAAUCAGUAGAAGUACAAAAUACAGCAAAGGCCUCUGAUUGCUAACUGCUAACUCCAUAUGUAGGAAGACAGGCAGAAAUGGCAAUAUGAAAACAAGAAAAUUACACUAUGAGGAGUACUUCAGUUUAAGAUGUUCACAUGAAUCCAAAUAAAUCUCUCUCUGCCAAACCCCCAGAUUGAAUAAAGCAUGUUAAUGAAGCCUCAAGUUAUCUCUGAUACAGAGCUAAGAAAGAUGAUGAGGUGUGUAGGUUCAUUUUUCUGAUAACGAAAAAUACCCAUAAUGCUGUGCAGGUCUGAGUGUGUAAACUACAUAUGAAAAAAGCGAGAUCUUGCUCACCAGAUGAUCACCAGUGUUUGUGGUAAUGUAUACCAAAGUAUGCAUUGUUAUGUUACUUUACCUGCCGCCAAGUGACUCACUGUCACUAUUUUAGUAGUUACAUAACAGUUAUUAUUGGAACAGAUGAGUUGCUGCAUGUUCUUCAUUGUUAAACUUCACAUCAUGUUUGAAGUAUUAAAAUUAAACAUGUAGAGUGCAGACAAAUAAGCCAACUGUAUUAAAUUUGAGUGAAUGGUCAGAAUUCCAUUUUGAUUAAAAAACAAAACAAAACCUAAGCAGGUCUAAAAAGUGAUUUGGUACGUAAGACAAAAAGCUAGGUAUGGGAGGUGAACAUUAUUUACACACCAUCCAAAACAGGACAAAAAUGCAGUUUUCUGAGCACGCAACAAAAAGCUAGUGUCAACCAGCUGUUUAUUCUCACAUUAGCCUUUUAUUAAGACAUUUUUCUGUUGAGUUUAUGUUGGAUAUGCUGUCAAGCAUUCUCAAAUUGCCUGUAUGCACAAAGUCAAUAACUAGUUCUUUGAAUGACUCAAGGGGUUAUUUUUUAUUUAAUUGUUUUGAAAAAGCAGAAAUAUCAAAUAUGUCUAACCUAAUCUUUGUCACAGUGCGUUGUAAAGCAAAUGUGUAGUAUGUCCUAUACUUUGUGGUGAUCAUAAUUUUCAUUGUCGAGAUUUUUUUUCUACAUGUAUGAUUGACACAGUAAUUCAGAUCAGGGUUUUUGCAAUCUCUCUGAAAAUUAGCACUGUUAGUUAAUAACAGUAGGAUUUCUGCAAUGAUGUCCUUUGCUUGCUCUUUUACUUUAAACAAGUCUUUCAUGCCACAAGCAAAUUCAUCUGUCUUCAGUCCCACGCAAACAUAAAAAAAUCAACACAAAAUGGAAACAGUUGAUGAUUGAUAUAAAACUGUGAACCAUC